GGGUGCGGACGUAACGUUGUGUUUAGUGUUUCCAAAUUGUGUCUGAACUUAAAUUGACGUGGUUUUUUUUUGUGAUAAUGGAUGUUUAGGUGCGCGGAUUUCAACAUUUUAUAACGUCGCGAGUAGCAUGGCCUGAAAGCAUGUUCCGAACGGCGUCAGUCGAAGGCUCCGGCCCCAGGACUCCGCCGGCCUACGCGCCCCAUCCAGCCUUCGUCCCACCACGAUUUUUCCCGCCGCGAAUCCGGCCCCCACCGCCCCAAUACUGCUUUGACGCUGCCCGUUUCGCCUGCGAUGCGUCCAAACCGCGCUACCUGGACGUAGAAAGAGAGAGGCUAGUUACCCGAUGGUUAGCUGAAGCCAAUGAAGCAUUGGUCCGCCGAGAUAGGCCUCCAAGGUACAAGCCACGCAGCAGCGAAAGGCGCUUAGAAUACCUGGACAGGAGGCCGUCAGAAUGGGCGGAUAACUUUCUUCUGGGCCGGCGUAAUGGAUCCGUCGAGCCCGAAGAGGAGAGUGAUUCUAUGACUUUGAAAGAAUUUGUGGAUAAGUUCUCCCUGCCGCGGGUGGUUAAGCUGGAAGGGGAGGAAAGGGCUGUGUUGUUGUAUCGUGUUUUGGAAGCUCAUAGGCGCGUGGAGGCUGUGCCACUGUCAGGGAAGAAGGGGAAGCUGGUGGGGAAGCCGCUGUAUAUUCCUGAUUCGUAUGAUGGUUGGUUCUCAACAUGCAGCUGUCGGGGCGGAGCGCUAGCCACUCCUCGGGCGUCCAUAUCUGCCUUGUUGCGGAAUCGCGCCUUCGCCCUCGUAUCUCCGCGAGCCAUAUCUGCAUACCGGGCGAGGCCGGCCUCAGACAGCGGUCGUGUAGGAGCGCAGUAUGAGAGAGCGGCUGCACGACCUGGGACUCCUCUUCGCCUGGCAGGGGUCUUCGCUGAUGGCAGUAAGGCGAAAGCACCGAAAUAUGCCCAACUCCUUGAUCCUCAGGGGAAUGAACUGUUCGUGCCUCUAAACACCAAGGGUGAGCUCUACGAAGUGUGCCCUGAAGAGUUGUCACCUGCGGAAUGGGAGGACGCCACAGACUCGACCCCACCGGUGGAAGUGUCAGCUAGAGCGCACAGACUGCCGCAUUUGCUAAGUCUAUGGCGACUUCCCACCAGAGUUAGGCUGCUGGCCGGCACAGUUCCUAUUGAGAUGGCGCAUGAUGUUGGAGAUGAUCUUCUGUUACGAGAAGCUGUCACUGAACCAGUUUUAGUCAUGUGCACUCUCCCCGAUUACAACUCGCAACCCAAUAUCAAUAAGCAAGUGGACCCUAGGUACCAUGCCAAGGAGACCUUCCAGCUUCUCCCACUUAACAGCAAUAUUAAGGUCCGCCGCACCCAACUUGGCUUUGAAAGUGAGAAGAGAAUGUUCCUAUCCGCGCGCCUCCAAAAAGCUCUCACCUUCUGUCAACUAAACGUUGACAACUGGAUAAGACAGAUCUCAUACGCAAACUCAACUGUCGUCAGCAAAGCGAAAACGGCUACAGAUCUCAUGAAAGAAGACCACGAACCGGUCAAGUUCGAAAAGGAAAGGAAAUUUACGCUUCAAGGCCUAAAAAUUGAUACGUCACGGCUCUUCGGAAAAAGUGAAAAAGUACUGAAGGAUAUCCCAGACGAAACUGAAGGGUCUAUUAUUUUUCUUAGUAAGAACGAACUAGAACAUAUGAAUUACGACGUCUACAGUGACGACGAGGGUAAAGACGAUAAGCAUGAUGAUAAAAUUGAACAUGAGGACUUUUCACAUGAAAAAUCUAAUGGUUACAGAGAAGAUUCUGCACAUAAGAAAAGUAAAUGGUUUAAAAAUUUAAAGUUAUUAAAAAGCACGGAUAAACUAGAUGAUAAAUUAACUGCAAUAGAGAAUUCUGAGAGGCAUAAGGAUAUCAAAGAUCCUUUCGAUCCUUUAGGUGAAAAACAUAGUUCAAUUGAGAGAUACCAAGACAUGGCGAAAUUAAUCGAAGAUAGAUUUGGUGUGUUUAGGAAAAAUGAUGGUACAGCAGAGAAGAGCCAUUCGUAUAAAAGCUUGACUACUUCUUCGUCUGAAAUGGGAACUAGCCAAUGUAGUUCGAGUCACAAGAAACCAGUACUAACUAAAUCGGUGUCCGUGCAAACUGGAAUGCCGGACAGCCCGUGCACAGAAGAAGACAGUGGCAUCGACAUGAAACAUGGCCGAAAAAAUUUAAGUGUAGAUCAAAUUAACUAUUGUGGCUCCAUGGAAAGUAGCUCUAGUUCGGGCAGAAAACUGAAAUCAUUGGAUGAGAACAUGCUCAAGAAGUCGUCAGCGACAAAGUCAUCUACACAUUUGGAGCGGCGGCAAAGGAUACAGCCGGAUUUGAUUCCCGAAAAGGCUAUUGCUAAAUCUGAGUCAUAUAAUCAAAUCCAGAGUUGUGAGGAAAUCAAUAUGUUUGGAGCUGGGUCGGUAUACAAUGACAGCGAGUUCGAGGUGAAUUCCAAACAACAUUCAUUUAUUACCGAAAAAUUGUGUUCAGAAUUUCAUGUUAAAACCAAACGAGUUCUGAGUAAAUCCACUUCAAACUUACUUCAUCCUAAAAAAGCGAAUGAUAAGAAAGAAGGUGGUAAUAGCAAUAGUAUGCCAACCAAAACAGAACGAACCGACGAAAAAUCAGCUAACUUUAGAAAAAAAAUUGACAAGCCUCGUGCACCAACACCGCGUUUAGAAAUAGAUGAAGACCUAUCCGCAGUCGACAUUUCAGAAGAGGAACCACAGAUCCAAAAGAAAGUGCGGCGUUCGAUAUCAUCAAUCCAAAAGAGGAAACUACCUGUGAUAGAAGAUUUACCGUACGGGCAGGUAGCAGACGCGGUCGAUAUAGAAGAAGAAAAAAUUGAAACAGAUUCAAACUCGGACAACAUUUAUGCGGAAAUCUGCACUCCACCAAUCAAAACAGAUGACGACGACUACGACUCGAAUGAUGUCUUAGCAAACGACCCCGUUAUCUGUAUCGUUAAAAAGGAAGUCAUCACUCGCAAUGAUGAAAGAGCGAGACAGAUGAUCGAAAACCAAGACAACGCUUUCCGUCACAUUGAAGUUGUAGUAAUAGAGAAGACAACCAACUUCGACUUGGACGAUUCCAGCCUUGCGUCCAGCGAUUUUGACGAAACGGGAAGCAAGAACGACGUCUCGAUAAUAGAUUCCUGGGAGCGCGAUAACGUUAAAGUUGAACCAAAACAUGCUAUUAGGUUAGAAAUCACCAGCAAUAUGGAUGACUAUCCGGAGAGCCAUAAUCAAAGCUUAGAUAGGACAGAGAUACAUUUAGGUAAAGAUAAUGUGAUUAGUUUUAGUAACAGUAUCCAUUUGAAUGGUACAUAUCCCAACGAGGCCAUUUAUGAUACUUUAAAAUAAGUCACAAUAAGUCAUAGAUUAGAUAGUGUUGUCUUCAAUUCGCCAAAACUCUGCGCUGGCUUCUACUGUACUUCCAGUAAUCCGAUUCGAUAUGCUACAACCACAUGAGUCUUGAGAACAAAGGUUAAGAGUGAACUUCCAAUUAUCUUUAAAGACAAAACCUUCUUCGUCAAUAUCUUCCAUAAAUAAUGAAGAGGCAGUGUCAAAAUCAUCUUGGGUUAAUUGUUUUGGUUGCCCAAUAGUUUUGUCCCGCUGACCAAUUCACCUUCCCAUUCAGUCUCUGGCAUUAUCAUUAAAAAAAAAUAUAAAGGUUUCGAAUCACAAGAUCAUUAUGUAAAACAUGGCUCCCUGGAAUAACAAUACUAAAUAUGGUUGGUAAACGGACUUAACUGAGAGUACAUAAAAUUGACAUUUGUAUCUGUAAAUAUAAUCUGUAAUUAGACAUUACUAAACACUGGGCUAUCGAAAAAGUUUUAAGCACAGACUAGUAAACAAAUAAACGAGUAGAAUAAGUUGUACGCAAUUUGAUAAUUGCGAAUUUUUCAUUAACCGAAUUGUGUUUGUGAAAAGCUUGGCAAAAUAUUUCUGAACAUCCAGCUCUGUAGUGGUAGGUUUGGAGGUAAACGUCUAAAAAAACAAAGUAUCUAUAUUUUUUAAAGUUAACAAAAAAUAUUAAAUGAU